AUGCAAGAAAAUAGGGAACCGAUUGAGGCGCUUGAAUCUGCAUCUCAAUCUGCUUUAAAGACAGAGGAAGUGAAAAGUUUAGCUCCUCAACUUCGUCGUGUACUGCAUAGCAUCGACAGCAACCGACCUCGACCAGAAGUGAAUGUUGUGAGACGGUCAAUGCUGAAUAAAACGAAUCAAACACUUGCAAACGGACCCGUUAUCAAGAAAGCACUCGGACAGGUUGUGACUGCAAAGACUUCGGAAACCAGCGAUAAGAUGAUGGUGGGUCUUAAACGUCCGGUCGCCUCGGCGAGUGACGAAGUGGAGGAGUUGAAGAAGCUUAAGGUUCAAUUUACAGAACAAGAUAGUGAGAAUUUGGCUUGGAUGGAUAUGAUGCUUGCAUUAUUAGAAAAGCGCUAUGGUCCAAAAUUCGUGCUGCCAGUUUGUCUUACAGAUCUAGAGGCGGCCAAUUUGUUUAAUUUGCCGCAGAUAAAACACUCAGACGUUACUGAGAAGUGUAUUGAUUCCAAAGACGGCUCAAUGUCAGUCGUGAGUGCAACAAACCUACCAGACAUACCGGAAACACCCAGAGAGAUUAAGCGUCAACGAGUAUUGCAGCGUCAUGCCCAGCAGAUCCACACAUCCAGUGUAUCUUCGUCUAUGUGCUGCGGAUGCAAAACUGGUUGCUUAAAAAUGUACUGCAUGUGCUUCAGCUCCAGAGGCUUUUGUCACACUGGUUGCACAUGCUUUUCCUGCAAGAAUGGACGCAAGCAUCAGACUGAACGUGUUGAGGCCAUUCAAAAUUAUUUAAGCAACGAUCCACGCGCUUUCUCCUUCGCGUCACUGUCUCAAGAUACGAGAUCGUUGGGCUUUCUUCACCUUUUACCGCAGAAAUCAAGUGCAGUCGUGAUGCGUGGAUGUCGUUGCAAAAAAUCGAAAUGCUCAAAAAAAUACUGCGAGUGUUUUCAAAAUGGUAUUGCUUGUACACCACUAUGUCGCUGCAUGGAAUGUUCGAAUAAUAGCGAGUCGAAGAUUGCACAUCAGCAGCCACAAUUGCAAAGAAGCAGCGCCUCGUCUAGUUCCGUUCCUAUUCCCGCCACCAAUGUAAAACAAUUCCAUCCCGUACACAUAACGGUGACUAAACAGCCUCGCAGAAAUCACGUGGGUAAGUCGUUGCGUCUCAAUCUAUAA